UUUCUGUAGUAACAACAGGAAGUGUUGUCCUGACGGCGAUAGCUAGCAGCUUAGUUUGCUGGUCGGAGACAGCAGUACUCCGCGUUGUAACGAAGGGGUUCCACGAAGAGGACAUUAAAUGUAUGAAUAACCUAAACAACUAAAGCGCAAUAAAUUUUGAAAUGAUGAAAAAGAAUAGCUGUGUCCCAGGAUUUGUGUCAAAACUUUGGACCUUGGUUGACAACCCAGGCACCAAUGAUGUUAUAUGUUGGAGCUUGGAUGGAACAAACUUCAGGAUUCUGGAUGAACAGAGGUUCACCAAAGAAAUCCUUCCUAAAUACUUCAAGCACAGUAACUUAUCCAGUUUUGUGCGACAACUCAAUAUGUAUGGAUUUCGAAAAGUGAUAAGCAUAGAGGGUGGCCUGGUCAAACCAAAGAAUUUAAGUGUGCUUGAGUUCCACCACAUGCAUUUCCAAAAAGGAAGAGAAGAUUUGCUUGACUGUAUUAAACGUAAGGUUUCAUCGGUCAGAACAGAAGACACCAAGAUCAGCCAGGAGGACAUGUGCAAAGUACUGGAGGAUGUUCAGCAAGUCAGAGGUAAACAAGAGGAUAUGGACCAGAAGCUUGAAAAUAUGAAAAGUCCUCCAAUUUUGGAGGGGAGCCACACAGGAGUAACAUGCACAGCUCCAGCUCCUUCACUGAAAGAAACAGGCUCUGCUAACUUGGAUGUUGAAAUCUUGGACUCCAUCCUGCAAGAAGACGGAACAGCAAUGGCACCUUACCAGAAGGAAGUGUCAGUCAACAGGAAUGACAUUCAGGACCACAUUGAUGACAUUGACUCUACCUUUGACGAUCUCCAGACAUUACUUCUCGGGAGGCACUUCAGUGUAAAGCCAGAAUUUAUCGAUAAUCUGUUUAAUCCUGGUCUUUCUGAUGAGGAAGUGGACAUGCCGGAAAAUUCCAUGAACAUAGGAAUGGUGUCAGAGUGGCCAUGUAGCACCGUCCAAGUCAGAGAGCCUGCCAUAUCCACGGAGGGUGGUAAAGGUUCUGUAGGGGGUGAAGUGGUCCAGCGUGCUCCCAAUCAUGUGCUUGCCCUGCUGGAUGAGCUGUGCAGCACCCUUGAAUCAGACAGGGACUGCACAGAGGACGCGUCUCUCCUGUCUGUGAAGGAGCUUCCUUCCAUGCUCCUGCCUUUGUCAGCCACGGACGAGCUCACCUCUUCUGAUUUAACAGGUGAAGAGGAAUGCCUGGUUCAGCAAACCAGUAAGGCCACAGGUACAGUUGACCUCAGUGCAGUAUUACCAGAGGAGUUCUGUGUCACAGACAAUGAUACUACUUUGUGAAAGUUAUUGUAAGAAAUUGGGAUUUGCUUCUCAGUAAAAUAUUGAGGGUUGCACAUGUUUGAUCGCAAGCAUACAUUGUUCAGAUUCUGUGUUCUCAGUCAUGGUAGAAUGAAAAAAACUGACUUACAAGCAUUGUCAGAAGUCAUAAGUGUAAGAAGCCAGGGUCUAGCUAAUGACCCCCCC